CUCAAAAGUGACUCAUUUUGAGAGAAAAAAGUGUCAAAAAAAGUAGGAAGAAAAAUAUUUUUGUGGUGAAUUUUGCUGCAGAUUUUCUCCCUAAAGAAGAAAUAAAAGAGAAAAGCCCUAAAAGUUCGAAGAAAUUGGUGCAUGAAAAUGAUUAAUUUCCCAGUAGUGCUGUGAAAAGUCUUGGCUUCUGCUUUAUUUUUUGUAAAUAAAUUGCGUGUGGAAGAAGAAAAGGUCGCAAAAAAUGGAUUCAAAUCAACCCAUCCUGAUGCGAAGUAGAUCCUCCGUGGGAGGAAAAGUCCGUGGAUUCUUCCAAUUUGAGACGUCCGUCAAGGUGAUCUGCCUCAUCAUCAUCUUCGGCUACUUCCUGUCCUACUUCGAAACAGUGGCAGAUGCCCUUAUUGUGACUCCGGGCUACUUUAUGCCACCACUCGUACAAAUCUGGACAGCCUUCACAUUUUGCUUCGUGGAGAAGCAUCUCUGGGAGGUGCUGGUGGACAUUGCAACUGUGGCACUGUGCGGGAAACUCAUUGAGCCCCUCUGGGGCUCCCUUGAGAUGAUGACGUACUUUGCCGUGACGAACUUUGGUGUGGUCAUCCUCACAACCACCUACUACCUUUUCCUCUAUGCCUGCACAAAGAAUCCCCUCAUCCUGUUUGAGGUGCACAUCUACGGGCUGGCUGGGUACAUUGCUGCCGUUUGCGUGGCUGUGCAUCAAAUUAUGCCAGAUCACCUGAUUGCACGUACGCCCAUUGGGAAUUUCACCAAUAGAAACAUCCCCCUGACUCUCUUCCUCGUGGCUGUUUUCCUCUGGCUCCUUGGCCUACUGGAGGGUAGAUACCCAACAAUGUUCCUCGCGGGUAUCAUUACAUCCUGGAUCUAUCUGCGAUUCAUCCAGCGUCACCGGAAUGGCUCCCGCGGAGACUAUUCGGAGAAUUUUGCAUUUGUUCGCUUCUUCCCGAUUGUCCUGCAACCCUUUGUGAGUAUCCUCGUGAAUCCCAUCUACUACACAUGUCGUCGAUUGGGUAUCAUAAAGCACACCCCUGUGCCACCAGCAACAUCCAACACCCUCCCCCUUAGCUCCGUCAGCAUCUCAAUGGGUGGCGUUGAUCCGUAUGAUAUGGAGAGACGGCGGCAGAUUGCCCUGAAGGCACUCAAUGAGCGCCUAUCAAAGGCAACAGAUUCUAGUCGUAGCAAAGCACUACCCAAAUCCUUUCCGCAGUCCACGAUAAAGUCAUCCGCCCCAGCGAUCUCCAUCAAUAUCCCCACAACAUCCUCUGCUGCAUCCACAAGUCACGAAUCCCUCAUUAAAUUCCCCGAGGGAGAGCAAAAUAAAAAUCAAUUGCCUUAGACAAUA